GGCCGCGGAUUCCCUUCCGCACCUCCUCUGCUCGGCGCCGCCCCUGCCUGCUCCCCUCGGGCCCGGAGCCAUCCCUCUGGGCCUGUCAACCUCGCUCCUUUGUGGCUUUCAAAAAUUGAAAUGUAGGGGAAGGCGAGCGAGUUCCCCGAACCGCGAUGCCCCUGCUGCACUCCCCUGGAUGAGUAAGGGUUUAACCUUGGCGACAGCUGGGGCGAAUCCCUCUCCCACUUUGCAGUAAAGCUGUUUCAUCAUCGCUGGUGUGGGAAACCCUGCUGGACCCGAGAUUCUCUGACAGCAGGGUUGAGGAAUGACCAUGGACAAAAGUGAGCUGGUACAGAAAGCCAAACUUGCUGAGCAAGCUGAGCGCUAUGAUGAUAUGGCUGCAGCCAUGAAGGCUGUAACAGAACAGGGACAUGAACUCUCCAAUGAAGAGAGAAAUCUACUCUCUGUUGCCUACAAGAAUGUGGUAGGCGCCCGCCGUUCUUCCUGGCGUGUCAUCUCCAGCAUCGAACAGAAAACAGAGAGGAAUGAGAAGAAACAACAGAUGGGCAAAGAGUACCGUGAGAAGAUAGAGGCUGAGCUGCAGGACAUCUGCAAUGAUGUGCUGGAGCUGUUGGACAAAUAUCUCAUUCCUAAUGCUACGCAGCCAGAAAGCAAAGUGUUCUACUUGAAAAUGAAAGGAGACUAUUUUAGGUAUCUUUCUGAGGUUGCAUCUGGAGACAGUAAACAAACCACUGUGUCGAACUCUCAGCAGGCUUACCAAGAAGCCUUUGAAAUUAGUAAGAAAGAAAUGCAGCCUACACACCCGAUCCGACUUGGCCUGGCACUGAAUUUCUCAGUCUUUUACUAUGAGAUUCUAAACUCUCCUGAAAAGGCCUGCAGCCUGGCCAAAACGGCAUUUGAUGAAGCAAUUGCUGAACUGGAUACGCUGAAUGAAGAGUCUUACAAAGACAGCACCCUGAUCAUGCAGCUGCUCAGGGACAACCUCACUCUCUGGACAUCAGAAAACCAGGGAGAUGAAGGAGAUGCUGGAGAGGGAGAGAACUAAAGUCUGUCAUGCUUUGUGAUCUAUUUGGUGUCACUCUGUAUCCUCCACAUUAUAUCCCUUUGUACGAUAAACAAAAACAAAAAAAUCGAA